AUGGCGGCAAGCGAGCAGAGCUCGGAGUCCUCAACGUCGUCCUACGCAUCAUCCUACUCCGCGUCCUCGUGCUCACCCAGGUCCGACGACGCCGGCGGCGGCAAGAAGCAGCAGUGCAACAGCAACCGGAAGCGCGCGCGCGACCCAGACCCGUCGGCGGCGGCGACGACAGCGGCGCCGUCGUACCGGGGCGUGCGGAUGCGGGCGUGGGGCAAGUGGGUUUCGGAGAUCAGGGAGCCGCGCAAGAAGUCGCGCAUCUGGCUGGGCACCUUUCCGUGCCCGAAGAUGGCCGCGCGCGCGCACGACGCCGCCGCGCUGAGCAUCAAGGGCGCCCGCGCGGUGCUCAACUUCCCGGACCUCGCGCCCGCACUCCCACGGCCCGCCUCCCUCUCCCCGAGCGACGUCCAGGCCGCCGCUGCGCGCGCUGCCCUCAUGCACGAUCAUGACCACCGGUGCUCAUCCGCACCAACCUCUCCAGCGGCCGCGCCGACCUUGCCGUGCGGCAAUGCUCCGGCGGCACGCGACCAACCGACCGCACGAGAUGAGCCGAAGCAGGAGCCCAGCCGGGGGAGCGAUCAGCACCAGGAGGAGCAGACGGCGCCACAGUUGGACUUGGCCGAGCUGGUGUUCGACGAGCUGGCGCCGCUGUGGGUGGAGGACGUAGUGGAUUUCGCGCCGUCCGAUCACUGCUGGACGGCAUACGAUUGUCUUGAUCCGGUCGGCUUCCAGCCUCUCCUGUGGGAAUAUUAG